AUGCCGCUGCUACAAUUACUACCACUGUUGGCCGUGCUGACCGCCGCCGCCGUGGUCUCGAUCCCGGCGCAGGAUGCGCUUGAUGUCUCUGCCUACCCGGUGCAGCAUUUACCUCGCUAUCAGGAGGAAUCUGCCUUAACCCUGGCCGUCUCGGCUCCCGCUGGUGGCCCAUAUUUGACCUUCCCAAUCGUUCCGUUCACUCAGGAAACCGGCUUGAAUGCCUCGCAGUCGCAGAGAGGGAUGGUCCAUAUAGAAGGCCAGAUGAUAGUGGCUACACAGCAAACAUAUGCUGACUUGGUCUACUCGAACGCUGUCGCUUAUCUGUGUUGCGACUCUCUGAACAACUCCAAUGUCACACCCGAGAUGAUGCUCAGAACCAUCAUCGAGAAUCAACCCAAGGCGAUAUUACUGUACACCCAACAGGGCAACUGUUGUAAUGUCACGGGCUUGGGAGACCGAUCGCUGUAUCAGAAGGUGUUUACUAUGAUUGAUGCAACUGAGGCUUCGUCAACGUUAAAUCUGUCCACGUCGGCAAACGGCGCUCUGCAAGCUGUUAUCUCGGGCAAUUCGACACGAUCUGAUGGCGACGAUACCAGCCAGACCGGCAAUAACUCUGCCGUAGCUAUGAGCGUCCUCUACAGCAUCACCGGCCUGAUCACCUUACUGUUCCUCGUUAUAAUAACAAUAGGAGCUGUCCGCGCGCAUCGAUAUCCGGAAAGGUACGGUCCCAGGAAUGCACACGGCGGAAGGCCGAGGCAGAGCAGAGCCAAGGGCCUUGCACGCGCUGUGCUGGACACACUACCAAUCGUGAAGUUUGGGGCGCCGCCACCGACCGAGGGGAAGCCCGACCCAACAUUGGAACUCGAAGAUGGCGGAUUGGAGCCUGGCAAGAGGAAUAUGUCCGCGAACCAUGUGCAAGCCCACCACCUUUCCACGAUUCCCGAAGAUGCGGAAGCCAUUCCGACGGGGGCCAAUUCUGCUAUGAGAGAAUCGCGCAUAGCUCCUGCCCAACUGUACGACGCUGCCGCGGUAGCCCAAGGUCGAACAGAUCCACUAGAUGACGAGCACCUCGGGUGCUCAAUAUGUACAGAGGACUUUUUGGUUGGCGAGGACGUCCGCGUACUACCGUGCGAUCACAAGUUUCAUCCAGCCUGCAUUGAUCCGUGGCUGAUCAAUGUCUCGGGCACAUGUCCCUUGUGUCGACUUGAUCUUCACCCGCAUAAGAGUACUGAUGAAGAAGACGAGGGUGACUCAACACAGCUCCCUCCCCCACUGGGAGCCGAUCCGGAAUUUGAAGUCGAUACACGUGGCACGAACCGUGACAAUCGGCGAUCGUCGCGACUUUUUGACAUUCAUAGACUGAGACAUGCUUCAGCUGAAGAACGAAUCGAGGUUCUGAGACGAUACCGUAGAGAAUCACAGGAGCGACCAGCUGCCAACGUAAAUGCCGAUGACGAGAACAGCCGCACCUCACGGCUGACUGCCCGCCUCAAGGAGAAAUUCAGGGUACGCACACGAGCACAGCCACCUGGACAUCGGAGGCCGGGGCCAACGUCGCAAGGACCGGGUCAAAUCCUCUGAUAUGUUUGACAAAACAAGGACAUCAUGACCUACAAUAUGACGAAUGCGGUUUCUUGAAGAAUAACCCUCGUUACACUGCACCGGAUACAGCCCAUUGCGCAGCAUGUUAUUUUUUUCAGUACAGGCAUCAAGAAGCCAUCCUCCUGGAACGAGGAGCACAAAUGAAAUCCAAGAUCGCCGGUACAAGGGACUAUGUUAUGUUUGGGGUGGGAUAGCAUUGCAAGGCGUUUUAUACAAGGGUAAUUGGCAACCAGAGCAUAGUCUGGUACUAGGCUUUUCAAACUGCAUAAAAGCCAGUUGAUACAUUAAUAUAAACGAUGAGCAUGG